AUGUCAUUUACUGCGAUACAGCUGAGCCAACAGGAGCAAGGCACUGCUCCUGUGAAGGACAAGCGUUCGCUAGUCGAGAUUCAGGAGGAAGAGCGGUCACGCCAAGUCGAGGAAGACUUCCUCAGGUGGUGGGCUGCUGAGGAAGCGCGACUGCAAGCGGAGGAGCAGGCCUCGCGGCAACCCCCCCGUUUCCAGAAGACAAAGAAACCGAAGAACGAGAAGGGUAAGCCUUCUGUUUCUGGUACUACAGAGCUCCCUCCUUCCGACGUCCACACGAAGAAGACGAAAAAGAGCCAUAACCGAAAGGAGCGUGAUGGCAAUCGAUCUGAACAGCCAUGA